UUUUUUUAAGUUAAUUAUGUCAGAGCAAAGCAGCGGAAACGUUGAGUGGGAUUACGAAUCUUUAGGUCUUUCUUAUUCUGUGCCUGUUCACAUGGCUGCUGGUGCCGUAGCUGGUAUGGCAGAGCAUUGUGUUAUGUUCCCUUUGGAUAGUGUGAAGACGCGGAUUCAAUCUCUUUGUCCGUGUCCUGAGUGGGAAUGUCCAACACCUUUUCAUGGAGUUGCUUCAAUUGCGAAAAGAGAAGGGUUUAGAAGGACGCUUCGUGGAAUUAAUGCCGUUGCUUUUGGGUCGAUUCCGGCACAUGCCUUGUAUUUCACCUUUUAUGAAAAAGUCAAGGGCAUGCUGACUGGAAAUACUUAUGGCCAUUCUAAUACGGUGUCUUAUGCUCUUGCUGGAGUUGCUGCAACAGUUGUCCACGAUUUAAUAAUGAAUCCAGCCGAAGUUAUCAAACAACGAAUGCAAAUGCAUUAUAGUCCUUAUGGAGGGUCGUUGGAAUGUGUGCGUUGUAUUUACAAAACUGAGGGUAUUUCUGCAUUUUACCGGUCAUAUUCAACACAACUUUUGAUGAACAUACCUUUCCAAGCAGUCCAUUUUAUGAGCUAUGAAUUUUGGCAACAGUUAAUAAAUCCAAGCCAUCGUUAUGACCCAAAAAGUCAUUUACUUUCCGGUGGACUUUCUGGAGGUCUCGCAGCAGCAUUGACGACUCCUCUAGAUUGCAUUAAAACGGUGUUAAACACCCAACAGUCUCCACAACCAUUGUUAGACCAAAGAGGGUCUAUUCUAUAUUUUGGAGGUUCUUAUAGAGGUGUUUUCGAUGCCAUUUGGUCAAUUUAUUCAAAUCGCGGAUUUCUCGGUUUCUUUUCUGGUAUUCAAGCAAGAGUUUUAUAUCAAAUGCCGGCAACAGCUCUAAGUUGGAGUGCUUAUGAAUUAUUUAAAUAUUUGCUUGGAGAAAGGACUUGUGUUGAUAUUUAUAGCAAAAAUGGAUUGUUGUCCUCAAAUAGUUGUUGA